AUGCUCGAAUUUAGUCAAACGAGCCUUUAUGUAAAGGCCGUGUUCACCGGUUUCCGACGCGGUAAACGUAAUCAACAUGAGAACACCGCUUUACUCAAACUCGAUGGUGUCAACGCUCGACGUGAAACAAACUUCUAUUUGGGUAAACGUUGCGCCUAUGUAUACAAGGCUAAAAACAAGACAUUAGUACCUGGUCAAAAACGUUUGAAUCGUGUUCGCAUUCUUUGGGGUAAAGUAACACGUGCACAUGGUAAAAGUGGUGCUGUUCGUGCCAAAUUCCGUCGUAAUUUACCACCAAAAGCACUCGGACGACGAAUUCGAGUGAUGCUCUAUCCCUCACGUAUUUAA